AUGCUAUACAAACCUCUAUAUUAUUGUGAUCCUAAAUUUUUAGAUAGGAAUCAAUAACAACAAUAAUAAACUAAACCUCAUUUAUUACCUGAAAUCUAAAUGAAUCAAUAAUUUAAAUCCCUUCAAAAUAUAUAACAUACGAGUAGAGCAACUGAUGCAUUAUUGAGUGGCAGAAAUAGUCUAUUUGAUUAAUUAUAAGAACCUCUUACUUAAAGAUCAUCUUAUCAAUCCAUCAUUAAGAAUAAGAAAUUCUCUUUAAACCAAGAGCAAUAAAAUUAAAAAAAAGUAUUAUUAGUCCAAUUUGAAGAUAUGGGAAUCUAAAAUAAUUAACCAAAAAGUAUAUUGAAAAGAAAAAAUUCGAACAGUAGUCAACAAUCAGACGUUUUAGAUUUCUUUGAAUUAGUAGAAGAUCAACCUGUACGGAACAAAAAGCAUAUUAUUCUUGAACCUUUAUAAUCUACUCCAUCUCCAUAAAUGGCUAAUGCUAUUUCACCUAAAAGAGUCUCAUUUAAUAAAUAAAUCUAAGUAAAAUUGAUCAUUGAUGAUUAUACUGAAUGUAAUGAAAAAAGAAUUUAGAGUAGACAUCAUUUAAGAAGAUAAACAACAGACUUCAUAAAUUGA